AUGGUCAAUUACACUUCUGGUAUAGGUCCACGGCCCGAAAGAGGUUUGUGGGAUCAACUUGGUCUUUAUGCGGACCUUCAGUCCAGAGCUACUGUUAUGGCCGCUAUUCGAAGAGUUCACGACAGCGAGCAAACUACACAUAUCCUUGGUGGUAAGAUGGCUAAGCACCUUCUUCACUCGACCUUGCGUAAAGCAAACAUAGAGGCUGGUUUCGUCGCUGAAAUACCCAAUCUACCAGCAUCUAUCCAAGGCCGUCCUCAAGCUGACCUUGUUGAGUGUAUGAUGGAUCUUUGUCGUUACUACCGGGCAUAUGAUCCCACUAGAUGGGGACUCCCUGCACCGCUCAAGGCUGGAUGGCAACCACCGCCUCCACCUCCGGCUCCGGCUCCAGCACCCGCCCCGGCAAAGGCCCCGGCAAAGGCACCUGCUCCAGCACCAGUUCCAGCUCCAGUUCCAGCUCCAGUUCCAGCUCCAGUUCCAGCUCCAGUUCCAGCUCAAGCCCCUGUACCUGCACCGGAAGCAUCACGUAAACGAGGACGAGAUGACGCAGAUGACGACGAUUCUAAACUUCCAGUUCAUAAGAAGCUAGCAUUUGGGGAGAUGCCAGAGUAUCCAGACUUGCCAGAUCCUGCCAGUUUAUAUGUCCAAGGGCAAGAGGCUAUUCUAGGAAUGAGAGCGCCGCGGGAUGAUGAUGAUGAUGAUGAUGAUGAUGAUGAUGAUGAUGAUGAUGAUGAAAUGGAAGAAGUGUAUGGAUCAAUAGAAUACGACGAAACGGGAGAGGUUUAUGAAUCAAUAGAAUAUGACGAAGCGGGAGAGGCUUAUGACUCCGCAGAAGAUGAUGAAAUGGGAGAAGUAUCUGACUCGGAAGAAGAGGAACUUUAG